CCGCCAGAGAUUUGUAUUUGGGUUUCGUUGUUUUUGUUGUGUCUGUGUAAUGCAUUUUGUUACUGCACUUUUAAACAGUUAAUUCGAAUGUGACGACAAUAGACAAGAUGGCGGACAAGAGCAACGCAUUCAAACUGUUUCGAACUGUUGAUCCGUCCACAGUGAAUGUGCCGAUAAAAGACAAAUUUGCUAAACUGACGCUCUCCUCAAAUAAGAAAAAACAAUUGGCCAGUGAAAAUAUUGAAAAAACCAACGUAAGUCGCCAACUACUAGGUGAACUGAACGAACGAACACAUGAGAAUCCCUUGCUGCGCAGCGAUUCCUCAGUAUCCUCGAAUAGCAUGAAAAUGGGAGUGGAGCAAAAGGAGCCCAAAACAGUACAGGACGAAAGCACACAACUUGAUGUUUCCGAUUAUAUGGAAGUGCUGCAGCUAAGUGGUGAUGGUUGCACUCAGCGCUCCGAAUACGUCGAUGUGGAGCAACUCUCCACACAAGUCUCCAAUUUAAGAGUACAGCCAAAAGAGGAAGUCUCCAUUUGCAUAUCAUCAACAACUGAGGAAGCAAAUGACGAGGAAGAUGAUGACAACGAAUCGUGUAUUACGAUAUCAGAUAGUGAAGCGGAGCAGGAUAAGCAGGAAGAGAAGCAAAAGGAACAGGAGAAGCCCAGCAUGGCCAUCAGUGAGCAAUCGGCUGCUGUUGCCGUGCCCGGCAACAAGCUUCAGCUGCUCGAGGCGUUUCUGCGUGACGUCUCCUUCGAGCGUCGCGAGAUGGAGCGCCGUGGCAUUGUGGACAUGUCAUCGGAUCAGCUGCUGCACUCGCGCAUUGCCAGCGCCGACACUGAAUCCAUGAGCCAGGACAUUGACAUCACACGUUUGUCCUCUUGCUCUCGCCCGUUGGACAGCAGCAGGCUGUUGGCGGACAACGAGACCGAGGUGAAUACGGAGCUGAAUGAGAGCAAACGCUUGGCGGACAAUGAGACCGAGGUGAAUACUGAGCUGAAUGAGAGCAAACGCUUGGCGGACAAUGAAACCGAAGCGAAUACGGAGCUGAAUGAGAGCAAACGCUUGGCGGACAAUGAGACCGAAGCGAAUACGGUGUGCUCCGAGGAGCAGCAGGAGUUGGAGGACCCGCAACCGAGCUGCCGGCGACUGGCGAACGAUGAGACCGAGCAGCAGUCGGUGGCAGACGACACCAUUCCCGAGACCAGUAGCGAGGCGGAGCAGUCGCCGGUGAGAUCGCGAACAGCAUCCGGAAGCAGCGUGGAGACUGCGAGGGAAACGGAGCGGGAGUUGGGUACGCCAGCAAUACAAGUGAGCAGCAUCAACAUUUCUGCCAAGAUCAACAUUAAGAUACACAUACCCAACAUGGAGUCGAGCAGCGCGGAAUCGGAGUCGGAAGACGAUGAGCAGCCGCCGGAACAGCCAGAGGAACAGGCGGAAGAAAAUCAACAACAGCGACAGCAGAAAGAUCGCUCUAUUCUGCAGGCCGAUGCCUCAGAGGAUGAGCAAUUCCUGACGAAUGCCGAGGAACUGUUGAAUCAACUCUAUGGCAAAUCCUGGCAAACUCCCGACGUCAUACGCACCCUGAAACGCGCAAGUGGCAGUGGUGGCAAGACUGCAACGAGAGCGGCAGCGGCAACGAAAGCAUCAACUGUAGAUCGCACUCCGCUGACUGAGCUGCGUCGUCAGCCCAAAUCCCGUCCAGCUGCGGCCACCACAGCCAAGAAACGUCAGCCAGCUGCCAAGUGCAAUGAGAGCGCCUUGGGUGACUUUAGCAUCUUUAAACGCGCUUUGCAUAACAACCAAUUGAAUUCAACGCAUUUGCCGGCGGCAACGGCUGCAGCGAAGAAGGUGGCGGGAGCGCGGAGCGCUCGAGUGGCCAAUAAGCAGCAGGUGCGCACAAACCAUGUGCACGAGGAGCGUUGGCGGGCGCUAGUGGACACGGACAGCGGUACCGAUGCCAGCGAUGACGAGGAUGCGGAUGCCACCGAUUGCAGCGUGGGCAGCGGCGAUAAUGCUGGCCAUAUGACCUAUUUGGAUCUGACCAAAGCGGAGGUGCAGGUGGUCAGCAGUCCCGAUGGCAGCAGCGGCGACAAGUCUCCCAAGUUUCCCAAGAAACUGGAUGAUAUUCUGCGCACUUGUCGCGCCACCGUUAAGCCCAAAAUGUGUGCGACGCCAUCAGCGCCAUCAACGCCAUCAACGCCAUUAAACGUGGACUUGCCACCAACGCGUCGUCAGCUAUUUACGCCCAAUUUUGGCUACGAGGAUGAGAACGCGGCCAAGGCGAUUGUGGAGCGUGCGCUUGACAUGAACAAUCUGGAUGAGCUGGAGAUUUUCUAUCAGCCCGGCAGUACAGUGCACAAGCGUGUCCAGGAGGUGAAGCGCCAAUUGGGCAUUGCCGUCAAGUCACCCAAUGCCAAACCGAUCUUUAAACUGCCGACGACCACGACGCCACAAGUGACGCCCAGUCGAACGCCGUCUGCGCGAAAGCCAAAGCAAAAGCAAACACCUCAGGUGCGUGGCAGCGGCAAAUGCAGCUUCAUCAAGUCCCUGGAGAAGGAUGUGAGUCGUGAGUACGCGGACAAUGAGGCGUACUUCUAUCGCGAGAACUUUAAGCGCAACAAGGAAGAACUGACGACGCGUCUCUAUGACAUGUUCAAUGAGAAGGUGUUCAACAACAAGCUGCAGGUGCCCAUCGUUUGGACAAAGAUGCUGCGCAACACAGCGGGCAGAUGCCGCAACAAGCGCAAACUCAACGAACGCAUGUGCGUACUGGAGCUGAGCGUUAAGGUGUUGACAAGUGCGGAUCGCUUGCGCUGCACACUGAUCCAUGAGAUGUGCCAUGCAGCGACCUGGAUCUUUAACAAUGAGGGCGGACAUGGACGCACCUGGAAGCAGUGGACAUACCGCGCCAUGGCUGCGUUUCCCGAUCUGCCAUCCAUCAAUGUGUGUCACGACUAUGAUAUUGAAUUCAAGUACACUUAUCGAUGCGAAGCCUGCGACGUGGGUUCCAAGGCUCAUUCGCGGCAUCGCAAGGUGGACAACAUACGCUGUCGCCUAUGCUCGGGCCCAAUUCAAUUGUUCAUUAACAAGAAGGAUAAGCAGGGCAAUGUGCAAAUGCAGCCGGUGCGCGAGGCGACGGGAUUCGCCAAGUUCGUGAAGGAGCAGUUUAAAAAGCACAAGCGACCAGAUCUCACAGCGGCCCAAGUGAUGCGCAUACUGAGCGUGGAGUAUGCCAAGCAAAAGGAACAACACAACAAGUCCGCAACAGAAGCUGCGGGGGCAACAGAUGACUUAAUUGCCAAUCAAGUGGAAACUUUAGCAUUAGACGAUGAUGAUGAUGUCGAAAAUUAAGUUCAAGACAAACUGACAAGUACAAUCUAUAUGUAUAUUUUACAUAGUAUAUAAGUUUUCGUUUUAAUAGAAUAAAAUAAAGAUGAAACA